UGAUAGAACUAAAAACAAUGACGGUCUGCAUUGUUUAGCUCUACGCUCUUCACAAGCGACAAGUUUGACUUUAACCCUCUAAUCUACAAAAUGUUUUUUUUGUCAACCAUGCAUUUGCUAUAUUAAUGGAAUAGAGAUACAAGUUUUUUGCCCAAAAAAAAAGAGAUACAAGUUUAUGCAUUUUUAAGUUUUGACACAAAUUUAUAUCUUUAUGAAAAUCUUAUUCCAUUCAGGAGUAUAAUUUGUAUAUUUUAAUAGUUUUUUUCUGUUAGUACUGUCCUCUAAUAACUUAAGAUAAAUUGUAUAAAAUAAAAUUAGUAUUUAGUUUGUUUUAUCAGAAAGUAUUAUGUUUAGUUUGUUUUAUUAUUUUUAAACCCUAAAUUCAACUUUGUGUGUAAUCAACAAUUCCAGAUAUUUAUAUAUAUAUUUAAAAUCUCCACUAUAUAAAAAAAAAGUCGGCCACAACCUCUUCCGCCUCUUACAUCUUCUUCAAAACGCAUUCUCUACUCCAUACAUACUACGCUCCUCCGCUACGUUUCCUUCCUUUCUAACAAAGCGAAAACGAAAAGCAACAAGUGAUUUCGAUCGUACCUUCUCUCCGAUUCACUCGGUUCCGAUGUCGUUUAAUCAGAAUCUCACUCUGUUUUUUCACAGAUGAGUUUCGAACCGUUAGACAACGAUGACUCGGAGCCUUUCGUGGAAUCAGAUCCAACCGGUAGAUACGGCCGUUACGACGAGCUGUUAGGCUCAGGCGCCGUCAAAAAAGUCUACAGAGCCUUUGACCAAGAAGAAGGCAUUGAAGUCGCGUGGAACCAAGUCAAGCUCAGAUGUUUCUCCGACGACACUGCCAUGCUCGAGAGGCUUUACUCAGAGGUCAGGCUUCUUAAGAGCCUCGAGAACAGCAACAUCAUCGCCUUGUACAAGGUCUGGAGAGACGAGGGGAGCAACACCUUGAACUUCAUCACCGAGAUAUGUACCUCCGGGAACCUCAGAGAGUACCGUAAGAAGCAUAGGCACGUGUCAAUGAGGGCUUUGAAGAAGUGGUCCAGGCAGAUUCUCAAGGGACUGGACUAUCUCCACACGCGUAAGCCGUGUAUCAUCCACAGAGAUCUUAACUGCAGCAACGUUUUCGUCAAUGGGAACAUCGGCCAGGUCAAGAUUGGUGAUCUUGGUUUAGCUGCGACCGUGGGGGAGAACCAUGUUGCUCAUUCGAUCCUCGGGACGCCGGAGUUUAUGGCUCCUGAGGUAUACGAGGAGAGGUACACGGAGAUUGUUGACAUUUAUUCCUACGGGAUGUGCGUUUUGGAGCUUGUGUCGCUCGAGAUUCCGUAUAGUGAAUGCGAUAACGUCGCGAAGAUAUACAGAAGGGUGAGCAGUGGAGUCAGACCAGAGGCUCUGAACAAGGUAAAGGAUGUAGAAGCUAAGGCCUUUAUUGAGAAGUGCCUUGGGAAACCCAAGGCGAGGCCUUCUGCUGCUGAGCUUCUUCGUGACCCGUUCUUUGACGGGAUAGUAGAUGAUGAUGAUGAUGAUGAACAAGUAGAAAACAAUGAAAAUUGUGGAACUGGUCGUAUUGUUUCUUGAUGAUGUAUGGAUGGAUACAUACAGUGACCAGUUAUUUUGUCCUCUAUUGGGCUGAGUCUGUUUUUACAUUUUGAGUUGCAUUGUUUCGUUCUUUUUCUUAUGAGUCUGUACAUAAUCUUCUAAUUCGAGAUGAGUAUUGCCAUAUUACACA